AUGCUGGGAAGCCACGCCGUUUGCAGGCCGGCCGUGGCCGCAAGCGCAAAAUUCCCGGUCAAAACAAUCAAAAUCGAAACACACUCUGUUUCUUCCUCCUCCUCUCCCUCUCCGCCACCCCACUCGCCAGACUUGCAGGCUGAGUCCACUUACUCUGGCGGCCUGGAAUGUUCGUUCCCUUUUAGACAAUCCGAGGAGAAAGCGACCGGAGCGGAGGACGCGCUAGUGGCUCGCGAACUGACGCGCUACAAGGUGAACAUCGUUACACUCAGCGAGACCCGGUUUUCCGAACAAGGCUAACAGGGGGAGGUUGGGGCCGGUUACACCUUCUUCGAAAGUGGCCGCCCAAAGGCAAAGGGACGAGACGCGGGCGUCGCUUUUGCCAUCCGAAACGACAUCGUGGGACGACUGUCCUGUCUGCCGCAGGGCAUCAACGAUCAUUUGAUGAGCCUCCGCCUACCUCUACGGGAAGACAGAUUCGCCACCAUCAUCAUCGCCUACGCUCCGCCGAUGACCAGCCCCGACGCCGCAAGAGACAAAUUCUACGAUGACCUGCACGCCCUCUUGACGACUAUGUCGAAGGCGGAUAAGUUGAUUGUCUUCGGUGACUUUCACGCCCACAUUGACAUAGACCAUGCUGCCUGGUGAGGAGUGCUAGAUCCCCAUGGUCUCAACGGCUCCAAUGACAGCGUCCUGGGCAGUACAUCGACUCAUCCGGACGAACACCUUCUUCCGCCUCCCGAUGCGGUAAAAGGCCACCUGGAUGCACCCUCGGUGGCGAAACUGGCAUCUGCUAAACUAUAUCCUCGUCCAGAGGCGGGACCAGCGGACACGCUGGUGACAAAGACGAUCCCUGAUGCCGACGGGUGGACCGAUCGUCGUCUCGUCAUCUCACAAUUGCGGAUUCACCUUCAGCCUCGCAGGAAACUUCUAGGUAUGCGACGCCCAUAUAAGCUGAAUAUUGCCUCGUCUUUGCCUGCUCGUCAUCAUCAUUUCAGCGACGAGCUAACUCAACGGCUAGACAGCCUUCCAGUCGCUGUCGACGCCGCCGCUGCCGACAACGCCUCCGUGGAGAAACGAUGGUGUCACCUGCGGGAUACAGUCCAGACGACAGUUCUGGCUGUCCUUGGUCGCGCACGUUGCCGGCACCAGGACUGGUUUGAUGACAAUGACGCCGCCAUUAGCAACCCGCUCGUCGAGAAGAACCCCCUGCACAAAGCCUACGUCACCCGCCCCAUCGACAACAACGUAGUCAUCGCCUUGUGCAACAGCGGCUGCGCGAGAUGCAGGACGCCUGGACGGCUCUGA